AUGCGUCCUUCCUCGAUUGGCAUAGCCGUUUUGGGCCUUGCCGGCGCUGUCGUUGCCACCUGUAGCACUCAAUUCCCUCUUCCAAAAUGCAAGAAUGUCGAUAUUGAGGAUGUACCAGUGGACAGACUGCAGCAAUUCAUGGUCCAGGGCAAGCUGAACAGUCGCGAUCUCGUCGAGUGCUAUCUUGCUCGGAUUGAGCAGACUAAUAAUUAUACUCAUUCCAUCAGCGAAGUGAAUCCCGAUGCCAUUGCAAUCGCCGAGGCUAUGGAUGCCGAGAGAACUGAAGGCAAGAUCCGUGGGCCCCUACACGGUAUACCGUUUCUUGUCAAGGAUAAUUACUACACCAACGACAAGCACAAUACUAGCGAAGGUACUCUUGUCUUCCUUGGUGGUCGAUAUUCCUCCGAAGCCACGGCGGUAGUGAAGCUUCGUGCGGCCGGCGGUGUGUUGCUGGGCCAUACUACCAUGUCAGAGGCGGCAGACCAUCGUGCAUUGAGUAACUAUGCGAGUGGAUAUUCCAGCCGAACAGGACAGACAAGAAACCCAUACAAUUUGACGCAGCCGACAGCAGGCAGCUCCAGUGGCUCCGUUGUGGCUGUUCGUAUCAAUCAAGCUGCCAUUGCCAUCGGCACAGAAACCUACGGAUCGCUCGUUCACCCUGCCGCGCAACUCGGGCUGUACACAAUCAAGUCGACGCCCGGACUCGUGUCACGUCAUGGUGUUGUGACUGGUAGCUACUACCACGACUCGCCUGGGCCACUGGCUCGAUCAAUGGAGGAUGUGGCCAUGAUGCUCGAUAUCAUGCAUGGCCCAGAUGCAUAUGACAACCUCACUUACCAAGCCAUUGGACACUAUCCGGAUGAUGGAUAUUCGGCACACGUCGUUGAGAAGAAAGCACUGCAGGGAAUGAAGCUAGGCCUCCCUUGGGAUCCCUACUGGUCGACAAAUGCUCACAUGAACAGCCCCGGCAUCAGACAGGUUUAUGAGCAGCGCAUUGAACAGCUCAAGGCGGCGGGUGCCGAGAUUUAUAACAUUACGAACAGCCCAUUUAGCGGCCUUGCGAGUGCCUAUGGAGCCGGGCAAGCCAGUUCUGUUCCCGCGGAAUUCGCACACAGCAUUGCUUUCAGCACUCUCCUCGCCGUCGGCUAUGGCGAUUGGCUGCAGAACUGGACCUUCCCAGAAGGCGACGAGCGCCAGGGAAUGACCUCUCUUGCUGAAAUGGCCGCUUGGAAUAUUGCUCACAAUAGUACCACGGGCGCAUUGGGGAACAACACCUGGUGGUGGGAUACAACCUCGGGCCAGAGUUUCUAUGAUGCUGGUGUUGCGACAAACGGUUCAAUGGACAGCACAUUUUGGACGGCGUUUGGCUGGGGGCGUUUCACAGCGCGCCAGGCCAUUGACCAAGCCCACGCGUGGGUAUUGGACAAUGGUACCAUCAUUGAGCUCGAUGGUCUGCUUGUUCCGAAUGGCCGGGCUGGUGGCUAUAGUUCCGCAUGUGCCCCGAUGCCUUCCUACGCCGGUUACCCCAUCGCGUCGGUGCCAAUUGGCAUGGACGGCUUCUCAACUCCCUUUGCCAUGGGUGUCUAUGGUCGGCAGUACGGUGAGGCGAAACUGGUACAGGUUGCAUCGGCUAUGGAAGAUUUGUUCAAGUGGAACGAGAAACCAGAAUGGUACAACGCGGAGACAGCCGAGGGGCCCUGGGACGCUGCUUGGCCUGGCUACACGUGCUCCACAUCCAGCUUGGAUCACUAUCAGUGUGCUCCAUGA